CUGGUUAACGUGAGUAGUUUGUGCUGUGUGCGGGGAGAGGACUGUAGCUGGCCGUGCUGGAGGCUCCAGUUGAUGUUGCUGCUCCUGGGCCGCAGGGUUCCGCUCUCACUCCUACACAGACUCACUAGCUGCUGUCCGCCCUCACUGUCGAAGCCCGUUCUACUCAGUUCUGUAUCAAUUAAACUCAGAGCGAUAACUAGAGUUACACACAGCGCCGUCUUCGCUGACCAAAAUACAGGAACCAUGCCCGAGAGGAGGCCCUUCGUACGGCUACCGACUGACGUCUACCCCGUCAACUACGGCUUGUGUCUGAAGCCCGACCUCAUCGACUUCACCUUUGAAGGCAAGCUGGAGGCGCUGGUGGAGGUUACACAAGCCACAAAUCAGAUUGUGAUGAACUGUGCUGACAUCGACAUCAUCACAGCUUCCUUUGUACCACAGGGAGGAGAAGAAAUCAAUGCCACAGGUUUCAACUAUCAAAAUGAGGACGAGAAAGUCACCUUGUCAUUUCCUAGCGCUUUACAGAAAGGCUCCGGCAUGUUGAAGAUAGAUUUUGUUGGGGAGCUGAAUGACAAAAUGAAGGGAUUCUAUAGAAGUAAAUAUACAACCGCUGCUGGAGAGAGCCGCUACGCUGCUGUCACACAGUUCGAGGCCACGGACGCUCGCAGAGCUUUCCCCUGUUGGGAUGAGCCAGCUAUCAAAGCCACCUUUGACAUCGCUCUGAUAGUUCCCAAGGACCGAGUAGCCUUGUCAAAUAUGAAUGUCAUUGAUCGAAAGCCAUAUCCGGAGGAUGAAAACAUGGUGGAAGUGAAGUUUGCCACCACGCCCAUCAUGUCCACAUACCUUGUAGCUUUUGUCAUCGGUGAAUAUGACUUUGUGGAGAGCCAAUCAUCGGACGGUAUAAUGGUACGCGUCUACACGCCUGUCGGGAAGGCGGAACAAGGGAAAUUUGCACUGGAGGUUGCGACUAAGACCUUACCUUUCUACAAAGACUACUUCAAUGUUCCUUAUCCGUUGCCUAAAAUCGAUCUCAUAGCUAUCGCUGAUUUUGCUGCUGGUGCCAUGGAAAACUGGGGCCUUGUCACCUACAGGGAGACUGCUCUGCUCAUCGACCCCAAGAACUCCUGCUCGUCCUCCAGGCAGUGGGUGGCGCUGGUGGUGGGACACGAACUCGCCCACCAGUGGUUCGGCAACUUGGUCACCAUGGAAUGGUGGACUCAUCUGUGGCUAAAUGAGGGAUUUGCAUCUUGGAUUGAGUAUCUGUGCGUGGACCACUGCUUCCCAGAGUACGACAUCUGGACCCAGUUUGUCUCGGCAGACUACACCCGUGCUCUGGACCUGGACGCACUGGACAGCAGCCAUCCCAUAGAGGUGAAUGUCGGCCAUCCAUCAGAGGUCGAUGAAAUCUUUGACGCUAUCUCCUACAGCAAAGGAGCAUCUGUGAUCCGCAUGUUGCACAACUACACAGGAGACGAGGACUUUAGGAAAGGAAUGAACGCCUAUCUUUUGAAAUUCCAACAUAAAAAUGCUUCAACAGAGGACCUAUGGGACUGUCUGGAACAGGCCAGUGGAAAACCCAUCGCUGCAGUGAUGAGCUCGUGGACCAAACAGAUGGGCUUCCCCAUAAUCGUGGUGGACCAGGAGCAGCAAGGUGACGACCGCAUCCUCAAGAUUUCUCAGAAGAAGUUCUGUGCCAGUGGACCACACAACGGGGAGGAUUGUCCCAGCUGGAUGGUCCCCAUUAGUAUUUGUACCAGCGAGGACCCCAAAUGCACCAAGCUCAAGGUUCUGCUGGACAGACCGGAGACCACCAUCACUCUGAGCGGUGUCCCGCCCGACCAGUGGGUCAAGAUCAACCCCGGCACCGUGGGCUUCUACCGCAUCCAGUACAGCACGUCCAUGCUGGAGAGUCUGCUGCCGGGCGUCAGAGACCUCAGCCUGCAGCCAGUGGACCGACUGGGCCUGCAGAACGACCUCUUCUCCCUGUCUCGUGCAGGGAUGAUCAGCACGGUGGAGGUGCUGAAGCUGAUGGAGGCGUUCGUCAACGAGCCCAACUACACGGUGUGGAGCGACCUCAGCUGUAACCUGGGCGUGUUGUCCUCGCUGCUGUCUCACACUGACUUCCACGAGGAGAUCCAGGAGUUCAUCCGGGAUCUCUUCACCCCCAUCGGACAGGAGCUCGGCUGGGACUGCAAACCAGGAGAAGGUCACCUGGACGCUCUGUUGAGAGGUCUGGUUCUGGGGAAGCUGGGGAAGGCAGGACACAAACCCACACUGGAGGAGGCCCGGCGGAGAUUCAGGGACCACGUGGACGGCAAGCAGGGGCUGCCUGCAGACCUCCGGAGCCCGGUGUAUUUAACAGUGCUGAAGCAUGGAGACAGUUCCACGUUGGAAACAAUGCUGAAGCUCCACAAACAAGCCGACAUGCAGGAGGAGAAGAACCGUAUUGAGAGAGUGCUGGGUGCCAUCUCUGCCCCCGACCUCAUCCAGAAAGUCCUCACCUUCGCCCUCUCGGAAGAGGUUCGUCCCCAGGACACAGUGUCAGUAAUCGGCGGCGUGGCCGGCAGCAGUAAACAUGGACGGAAAGCCGCCUGGAAAUUCGUCAAGGACAACUGGGAGGAGCUUUACAACCGUUACCAGGGCGGCUUCCUCAUAUCACGGCUCAUCAAGCUCACAGUUGAUGGAUUUGCUAUCGAUAAAAUGGCUGCUGAAGUGAAGAGUUUCUUUGAGAGCCACCCGGCGCCGGCGGCCGAACGCACGGUGCAGCAGUGCUGCGAGAACAUCCUCCUCAACGCCGCCUGGCUGAAGCGCGACGCAGACGACAUCUCUCAGUAUCUACUGCAGCGCAAGGCGCCCCCCGUCUGAGCCGCAGCCCCCCCUCCUCCUCCAGCCCCCUCCUCCCCCUUUUCUUCCCCCCCCUCCCUCCAGCGCGGACCUCCCAGCAUCAUCGCUGCCUCGGCCCCUUCAUCACUACAGACCACAACAGGAGACAGCAGGCUUCAUUUAAAGAAACUGUAUGAAACAAGAAGGCAAAGCCAAGAAUCUAACAAAGUGUUGGAAACACAAAGAGACUCUUUCUACGUUAACAAAGCAAAUUCAUUUUAGUCAGACCAGGAAUGUAGUUUUAGCCCCAUUCUGCCCUUCAGCAGAGCGUUAUAACAACCGGCCACAGCCUAGUCGCAGAAUCUCCUCGUCCCUCGAAGCGAUCGCUAACCUCUGCAUCGCCCGCCCCGUAUGCACUCCCUCCUCCAUCUCUGCGUUGAAGCUGAGAAAACUGUGAAUCCCCCCUUUCCUCCCCUCUUCCUCCUCCUCCCCCUUUUUUUUCCCUGCUGCCACUCAUUUUGAAUGCAUGAAGUGUGAUUUUCUGCAUUUGCUGCUUUGUUUACUUCUGUUUGUUUUCUGUACAAACAAAUUAUUUGAUCUUUUUUUUUUUUUUUUUUUUUGAGUUAUUCACAUCUUGUCCCUCCUCCUUCUCUGUUGGGUGUUGUGAUUGGGUGAAAGCAGAAGGCGCCUGGGGCAGAAUGGGGUUAAUAACGGUAGUGUGUGUGUGUGUAUGUGUGUGUGUGUGUGUUGUAGUUUCCAACAGCACUGAUUCUCCAUUUUGCUAAUAAACGGUUAGGACGCAGCGAGCAGCGCUAGCAUGGUACUACAUUGUAAACUGUAAUGCAAGCAUUUUUUUGUUGCAGACGAUGUUCCUUUUAAAAGAAUUAAAUGGGGAAAAGUUCAUAGUUACCCGUUUCCACUCCCCCUUUCAAAAUAAACCCCCCUCGAGCUCUGUCCAGUCAGAGUUUGUAUAGUUUGAAUCAUCAUAUUUAAACUCCUCCCCUCCGUUUCUUUCUCCGCCUCCCUCAAUGACAUGAAGAUAUCAGCGUGUUUUAUAAGACAUCAGAUGCAGUGAUUUAUUUAAAUGUUGAGAUAAUCUUAUAUUCUGAGGAGAGGAGAGUUUAAAAUUAAAAAAGAGGAAAAAAAAAUCACAACACUACUCUUCGGGGCCUUUCUUCAUUCUGAAGUAACAUCAGGAAACGCCUCUAAAUACCAACGGAGCCCAGCGUCCGGCGGCGAGGCCCGGCCCGGACUCUGUGGACGUGACACAUCGACUUGACUCCGCUGUCAAACUUGGAAGCCUUAAAUUGGUUCGACUGGUUUACAGUAAAUAUUUAACACUGAAGUGGUGAUAAUAGGUGAUUUCCACAUAACGUCAAAUGUAUCUAAUGUGACAGAUUAUGCAGACUUGUUGAACGAGUAUAUCUAUAUAGAAUUUACAAUUUGAUGUGGUUUUUUGAAAAACAAGUCAUCCAACCUGUUGUCGAGAGUCUUCCCCCGCCCUCCUGGAACAUUUGUUGUUUUCUUUUUUCUUUUCUUUUCUUUCUUUUUUUUUUUGUUUAAAAACUACAGUUGGUGUUCAUUAAAGUGAAAAAGGAUUAUAAAAAAACAAAUGAUGUGAAAUUAGUACAAGUUGAUUUUAAAUGAGUGAGGUGUGAGUGUGCAUGCUUGGAAAAAAACAGAUUUGUAAUUUAUUUUGUAUUAUCUCACACAGCGGAGGAGAUGAUCACUUAUUGGAUUACAAAUGGAUGAAGCAGCACUAAACUGAUGAAUAACGUGUAAAUAUAUAUAACAGCUGAAUUACACCUAAUGAGAAUAAAAACUGGUUGCAGAUUGAUGGUUGAUUGCAGAGAGAAAACUCACGUGUCCAAACAUUUUUGGUUCCUUUAAAGUGUCUAGUUCAGGCAGCGUUCUUGUUGAAUCGUGUUUAAUGUUUUUCUUUUCUUUUUCUAAUGAAUCAGGAUUUAGUUCAACAUGUGGGAUGUCUUUGUGGUUCUGACUUUAAAAGGAAGAUAAAAAUCUGGACAGCUUUGACUUCAGUGGAUGUGCAGUCCAAUAAAGCAACACUUGAUACAGUUA